AUGGCAAAGCUGGUAAGCUACGUCCAAUCCGUGUUCGGAAAACACCUCGACUACGAUCAGUCGCACGAUCUCUUCAGUCACUUCAUCUGGGUUCAUCACUACACCGCGGGAAUAGGACUUCGUCGGCCGGAGGAUUGGUUGAUUCGUACUUGUUUCCGAGCCGUGGGAGCGUUCUUCGCUCUUCAGCAGGUUGUCCUCGUUCGUGAUACAUUUGUGGCCAUCGGAUAUCCCGACGACCGUGCGGUUCGAAUUGGAAUGAUGUUUCUUUACUCGUUUCUAUCGAUGCUGAAGCUGAUAGUGUUGGACGCCUGUUACGAGCACUUUCUACAAAUCAGGACUUAUUUGAACUCGAGGGCAAGACGUCAAUGUGGAGGACCGGAAGCGGAUCGUUUUAGACGGGAUUGCUUUAAGAUGUCGGUCAGAGGCAUUCUGGUCACCGAACUUCCGGUGAAUCUAGUUUCACUGGCAUGGGCUUUCAUGGGGAAGGAAGAGUAUUUCCAUUUCACGGUAGAUCUCGGAUCAAGAUUCCAAUGGUGUUCUGCUGCGAUUGAUGCUAUCUAUGGUUUUCCGUUGAUAUACUGGAACAACGCGGCCUGGAUUAUCUCCUUCACGGUUAUCGCUAUUUUGCAAUACUUUGUCGGAGAGCUGACUGUCAUCGCAAAGUCGUUCGACACUGUUCUGGAAAAUGCUGAGCGGGAUGGCGAGAAGCUGCAGCUAACCGGGUUGGAGCGUGAGAAACACUUUUGGGCUUCGUUUGAUCGACGCUUCAGAGCAACGGUUGCCGAUUACGAAGAGUUCUUAUCGAUGACGAAAAUCCUACGGAAACUAACGACAUUUAUCUUUCUGUUACAAGUGCUCACAACCGAGAGUCUUCUGGCGGUCACAGUCGCUACAUCGUUCAACCUGACGUUUCAAGUGGCGACGGCCCUUGCCUAUGCUAUUGUUUUUCUGAUUGAAUGCUUCAUUGUUUGCAGUUUGAUAGAAGCGCUACAGGAUCGAACGGAGAUGAUUUGUGAAACCUUCAUCCACUGGGAAUGGCCACGGUGGAUGGACCCAAACUCGGCGGAUAAAACUGCUCGGAUACGCCACGUCCGGGCCCUUGUUACGAUUUCUACUGCCCACACCCAGCAGAGGUUGCGUUUUCGCUGCGGAGAAAUGUUCGACAUUUCGAUGGAAACCUUCCGGAUGGUACUGGAGACUUGCUACACACUGCUGAUGUACAUCCGGACCGCCGAGAGUGCUAGAGCAUCAUCAUAAUUUCGAGACAAAGUGAUUUUGCUUGUUUGACCAUCAAAUGUUUUUCAAUAUAUGAAAUAGAGUUGUGGUACAUUGUAACUAAUUAUUGAACAUCAGCUACCAAUUGGCUUCUGGGAAAAAUGUGUUUUCACAAGUAGUAGCUAGUUCGAAUGUAGCCGCA